CGUCGAUUCGAAAGAAACCAGUGCGAAGACCAACCUGUGAUUGUCGUGGCACUUCCCCCUUGCACAUACAGCUACAUGGUACUUAAAUCACGCAUGUGCGGAUUACAUAUCCACAAUCACACUCAGGGCGCCGACGAAACCGAACUGCAGUAAUGCGCGCGACCAGCGAAGAGGCGACAUCCUUUCCCCAGCCGAUGAGGCCUUAAGUUUCAAUGACGCGUACUGAUAUAUACUGUUUACAGAGCUGCUCGUUGUGAGAGCUGGGUGGGCAUCGGUAAUGUCGCUGCUGAGAACUUUCGCCAGACAGCCGGCACGCGCCCAGGAACUGCUGUGUGGCCGGAAGUCGUGGCUGGCUAUAGUGGUGCUGGUUUGUUUUUGGUGUCAGCCAACAUUCGGCGACCACGUGCCCGGGCUGGCAGAGGGGCCCUACCCUGGCCUGCGCGUCCCUACCGCCACCGGCCCGACCGUGGACGUUUCCACUGAGGCAGAGCUGAUAGCUGCGAUUUCUAAUGACACCAUCAAGGUGGCGCACCUGGUGAACGACCUGCGGCUGGAAGCGAAGGGCUGGCCACUCCUGCCCAUCUUGCGCAACGCCAGCUUCACCAUCUCUGGAGACCGUACGCAACUUCCCAUCCUGGACCUGGGUUUCAUCGAGAGCAAAGUGCAGCUGGAGAAGGAUGCCGUGUUCACAUUCCUCUGGAUUGAGUUGAGAAACACGCGUCAGCGCAGUGGCUUUGAGGUGGAUUUGUUCGCCGCCAGCCCAGGUGCCUACGUGCGGCAUCAGGAGAACAUACACCAGAGCUUCUCUUGCCUGCCAAUGGAAGUGAUUAUGAACUACAUCAUGCAAGAGCCACACGCCACGGUGCCACAAAACGUCACACUCGUGACACCAAAUCCCUGGUGCCGGCCGCAGCAGCUGCUGGCGCACUGCUACAACGAAUCCAAUGACCUGACCAUUCACACGGCUUCAGCCGUCCUGCCAGUGUCAGGACUGCAGGGUGUUUCCACUGGUGGCGGAUACGUGCUCGAGGGGCUCAACAUUCACUUCGUCUGCGACGAGCCCACCACCUAUGAGUGCGGCAACGCCAAAGGCUGGGACAUUUGCGUGCGCCAGAGCAUAGCCGAAGUGAUGUCCCGCGACCACACCUGGGAGAUCCUGGCGGCAGCGGAGCAGCACAGCGCGGGGCAGCAGGGCGACGACGGCAGCGAUAGCAGCACAGUUGCCGUGGCGGUGGGAGUCGCGGUCGGAGUUGGCGGCGUGCUGCUGCUGCUCGCUGGCGGCGCCUUCCUAUACAUGCAGCACCGGCGGCGGGACCAGCAGGCAGCAGCGCAGCAGGGCAAGGGCAAGCCAGCGGACGCGGAGGCGCCGAUUGUUUCUUUGAAAGAGAUGUUAGCGAAUACGAAAGCUGGUGGCAGGGGCGCUGCCGAUGCUGUACUGGCUCUUGCAGCAGCAGAUGCUGACAUCAGCAACAUGCAUCUCAUCAACGGCAAGGCUAGCGACAGUGCGAGCUCAGCAGGGCAGGCGGCAGGCGGCGGCGGCGAGGCGCGAGCCGACGUGGCGCAUGGCGCCGCCGCAACAGACGUUGACGCAUGUGCGCUGCCGGUGGCGACGGCGCCACCCCCGGUGAUACCACCACUGCCGGUGCCGGCACCGGCACCGCAACCGGCACCGGCACCGGCACCGGCACCGGUGGCACAUACAGCUUUGUUGACACCGGCGCUGCAGAGGGCGUCGUUGGCGGGAAUACCGAUCAGCCCGCAGAACGCCUGGCUGCUGCAACUGCCCGCUGGUCACAGCGUCAACAACACGGGGGGGAAGUCAACCGUGGUGCUAGGCGGAGUGUCCAUUGAGCUGGACGUGGUUCUGGGCGCCGGCAGCUUUGGCAAGGUGUUUCGCGGCUCGUGGCAGGGCCAGUCUGUGGCGGUCAAGGUGCUGCACUACGGCCAGGAGCUGUGCCGCGCGGUGCACACGGAGGUGCUCCUCAGCCAGGCGCUCAAACACGUCAACAUCGUCAACAGCCUGCACUUCGCGCAGGUGCUACCCGGCGGCUGCCUCGCCGCCAUCAACGUUAACGACAACGCAGCAGCAUCUGCCUCCACCCGGAUAGCCGGAAACCCAAGUGCAUCCAGGGCCGCUGCUGCACGCAACUCUGCGGUUGCGUCAAGCCCCACCGCCGACACGGCUGGUGCCGUAGCCGCCGCCUCCCCAGCUACGCGGUCUGCAAACAGGAAUUCUGCUGGGGCCGGCACCAAACCGUUUGACAAGACCAGCUGCAGCAUCGCCGCAGGCAGCUACAGCCGCUUCCUCAACACAAACGACAUGGCCAAUCCGCCCUCGGCCAUGAUUGGGUCCUCGCUCGCGGCGGGCCGCGCCGCAGCCGCAGCUGCCGCGGCUGCGGCAGACAGAAGCAGCCGUGCGAGCAAGCCCCGACGCACAGGCGGCACCGGCGUUGCCGGUGCCUCAGUCCAGCCCACAGCGGCACUGGGUGGCGCUGGCUGCGUUGCAUUGCUUGGCAGCUUGCGUUCCGUCACGCGUGCGGUCAGCUUGCCCCUAGAAAGGCUGUGGCCAUUGCUAGAGAGCGAUGGGCCGCGCCCGACAGCCACCGCCGCCAGGGUCUCUGCUGCCCGACAAAGCAGCAUAGGAAAGCAGCAGCGUGGUGGCGUGCGUGGAGCAGCGGGUGGCGGUGGCGGCAUCCAAGGGAUGUUCGCUCCAGCCUGCGACAUUGACGAGCUUCAGGAGGUGGCGCGACGCAUUCACAGUGCUCCCGACGUCCUGUCAGACUGGGCAAGCUUGCAGGCCAUGCGGCGGGCCCUGGACGGGGACAGCUGCAGCGGCGAGCGGCUGCCGGCGGAGUACCCUGUGCCUCUGGAGCAGGAGCAUGAUGUGCGAGGGAAGGGGCGGCAGGGUCAGCAGCAGGAGCAGGGGCAGCAGCAGGAGCCGGGACAGCAGAAAGGGCAGGAGCAUGCAGAGGAGCAGGAGCAUGGGGAAGAGGAGGUGCAGGGGGAUGUAGCACGCAGGGCGGGAAGUGCUGCUCGGUCCCCGCCAACGGCCUCCACAGCUGUCCUGUCCAGCGCGCCAUCAUCGGACGUGGCAGCCCGUGAGGUGCUGGCAAACGUGCUCAAUGCACAAGCGCCCCUUCUUCAGGAGGCCAGGGCUGGCGGCAGUUAUAAGGGCACGGACGAUAGGCAAGCCGGCAUAGCUGCAACUGGGGUGACGGCGCCUGCGGGACCGGGGUUGCUACCAGCUGGUAACAUGGUUGGCACGCCGCGUGCUGGUGGGGAGGGCGGCGAGGCUCAGACGCCCCGCAUCGCGCUUCCGCUCGAGCAGCUGUGGCUGGCGGCGCACGCGCAGCCGAUGGAGGGGUCAAGUCACGGCUUCCUGGUAAUGGAACUAUGUGAGGGCGGCUCGCUGCAGUCGUGGCGGGCGACGCAGUGGCGGGCGCGGAACGAGCGGCCAGACAUGGCUGUGCUGCUGCCUCUAGCCCUGGACAUUGCGCGGGGCAUGCUCUACAUUCACAGCGCCGGCGUGUGCCACGGGGACCUAAAGCUCGCGAACGUCAUGCUGGCGCGUGCGGCGUCCAGUGCCGGAGUGGGAUCAGCAUCGGAGGGCGUUGCUGGCAUGUCCAGGCUGGGCUCAUUGGGGCCGGCCGGAGCGUUCUCGGGAUCCGGCUGUGUGGUUCAGUCGCCGGAUCCGCGAAACUUGCAGGACGGCUGGGUGGCUAAGGUUGGCGACUUCGGGCUCAGCCGGCUGCUCACCACGGAGCGCACGCACGUGUCCACGCGGCCCGCAGGGACUAUCAGCCACAUGGCACCCGAGCUGUGGAGCAAAGGCCACGUGUCGCCACAGGCGGACGUGUACGCCUACGGAAUUACUCUGUGGGAGCUGGCUACGGGCGACAAGCCGUACCGCGGACUCAACAUGGCACGUCUGGUGCACCGCGUGUUGGUCAGCGGCGGGCGGCCCGCACUGCCGCUGUGGCUGCCGCCUGCGUACACACGACUCGUCACGUCGUGCUGGGCACCGUCGCCCAAGGACCGACCCACAUUUCCUGUUAUCGUGGAGUACCUUGAGUUGAUGUUGGCUGCGCUGGAACCUUCGAGUCAGCAUUAGCUGCUUAGCCAAGCAAAAGCGGUGUGAGUAAGACAUGAAAUACACGGUGUCUUCGUGAAGACAUACAGUCUGGCGGGGGCAUCACCACCUACAUCUUACUGCACGCUGCACGCCACUCACCUGGGCUCAUCGCUCCUUGUUGUCACGGUCAGACAUGUCGGGAUUGUAAUAUUAUAUGAGAAUACUAACUUUACAUGUUUGCUAAGGACACUGAAGGUUGGUGCACGAGCGUAGCAAGUACGGUAGUCGCAAACCUAGGGUUUCUACAAGCAUGGCAUACGGCGUGUCUCAGGACCGGUAUUGUCGGCGCUGUGUGGACGUUUGGUGCUAAAUUCGGCGUUCCGUACUCGUAGCUGCGACAGGUGCCUUGCUCGAGGUUCUGGUGGCCGGAUAGCUGCGUGUUGAGCUUCGGGAAGGCGCCACACAGGCGGCCGCCCCCUGCAACGGAAGCGUAGGCACUGUAUGGAGAUUUACAUUGGGGAUACAACCAUGACGGGCCUCCGGUCAUUACGGGGCAGGGCGAGACCGUGCGCGUCACCCGGCGCUGCAUGUGCGUUAUGCAUAUGGAGAACGUAUAUUGAUAUUGCCAUCCCCCUGAUGUGUCCUCCUGCAGUGUGUCUCUAUGUUGUAAGCGUGUUCAUUGUCCCCGAAUGUAGGGGAUUGCGUGUAUGUUUUGUCUGAUUGGUUGCGUGUGCGGUAUGCCAGGCAUUGCCAACGCGGGCCCGCCCCGCCCGAUAAAGUGAUUCACCGAACCUUUUAAUUGUGAAGUCAUGGAGUAUAUAUAGAGCAAGCGUUAUGGAGUACAGAGCAAGCAAUGCGUGUGCCGUACCUCAUUGACGCGGGGAUCCCUGCCAGAUCAGCCAGCGAGGCACACGUAGCACUUGGAUAUUCAUUCGGGGUGUUGGCAGCAUGGUGGCGUACGUUCUGUCGUGAAGGCGAGUCUGCUGUCCGCCAGCGUCCGCAAGACCUACCCCGCGUCGUUACAAGAGUUUCAGGGUCGAUGCGCACCGUGGCAUGUUCUUGUGUCGUACCUAGCUUGUUAUUCCUGUACUUCUGGUAUUCUUAUCCUGGUCAAGUCAAGCUCUGAAGGUAGAGACGGCAGUCGGCAGAGAGUGAGGACUUUUGCCGGUAACCGGCCAUUCGUGUAGAUAAGUAGCCGUAGUGCCAUGUAGCUGGGUAGCAAUGCCCACCAGGCGAGGUGCCCCGGAGGUGCCCACCCAAGGCCCCGGUAGGACCAGACAGUCUGUGUGUGGCACGGCGCAAGCACGUGCUCGUAAGCAGAUACAUGUUC